GAGUCCGCUGACUCAGGCUGACUUGAUGAGACAUCCAGCAAACCUGUCGCCGAUAGCAACCUGACUACACAACCUCCAAGACUCGGACUGAAAGCUGACGGAGCCGCUUCACAAAGUGUUGGAGAGCGGGGAGGUCGAGGUCAGAACUCGAGGUCACAGAGGAAGCAAGACAGAAGAAGGAAAAGUCGUCUACAUUACUGGAGUGCGCUGGAAAGAUGCAGGAGUCAGACUUCUUCACCCAAAAGAAAACAGCAGUAGCACUGAGCAUUGUGCUUUUAAUGCUGGCUCAACAGGUGUGUGCAGGUCCGCUGGUCUCACAGGUCCAGUCCAGCUCCGACCUUAGCGCAGAUUCGAGGGGGGAACAGACCGUCCACAUACUGAGGAGGAUAGCUCGGAUGACGCCGCUGUGGAGGAUCAUGAGCAGUAAACCGUUUGGAGCAUACUGCCAAAACAACUACGAAUGCUUAACAGGACUCUGCAGGGCGGGACACUGCUCCAACGUCCACCACUCCCCAUCGGAGCCCGUCAAGUACUAGACGUCCGAGGACACGACCAGCAUGUUUACAUGAGUGCACAACCUUCAUCCUGAUGGGUUCUGAUAACUGGGAUAUGUAUCCACUUCUUUUCUUUUGUUUUCUUAAAUCAGAAUUUAUAUUUAUGUGUGCCAAUAUGAUGAUACAUACAUAAAUGUACACUGCGGGUAAAGAAAAGGCCAAAAUGAGGUAUAUUAGUAAAAGUAAGUUAGUAAAAGUUGGCACGAGACGAUGGAGUACAGUGUAGAAAUCAUCAAGAACUUCACAUCUGAUCUUUUCUGUGACAGAAUAUGAUUUAUGUGAGAACAGAAAAUGGGUGAAAAGCGCUUGUAUUUCAGCUGUGAUGGACCAAAAGCUUUCAGCUGUGAUUUUUUCUGCUGUCCUGCCAGUUACUGUGGCCCUGAACUUGUCUCCACUACUGAUAUCAUGGAGGCUGAUGUCUGCAAAGCUUGAUAACAAGCUUUUAUUGACAGUCCUUUGUUUCACUCGCAUGUGACAAUGGGACAUUUAAUCGCUUUUAAAUUUACCUGUGUAUCUUUGAAAGUUUAGAAAUAUCGUAGGAUUUUUACAUCCUUUUGUUGACAGAACCAGAUAUAACUGGUCAGUUCAUGGACAAUUCUGAGCAAUAAAACUCUUUAUCUCUUGUAAUAUUUUUGUAACAGACAGGUGACUGAGCAGGGAGCAGGGUGCACCUUUCAGGAGCUCCUGACCUUCACAUUUUGCCCAUAUUUCAUCAUCGCUGUCUCACGUUGUGCUUGGUAACUUUAAGUGCUAUCAUUUUAUAUUUUACUGAUAAUGGCAGCACAUAUACUUAUACACAUAUUUAACAGCUGAUCACCCCAAAAUAUAUGUAUCAUCAACGCUGUUAAGGCAAAAGUUAGUCAAAUAUUGAGCUUGAGAAGAAGCCAAAAAAGAGUUAAUAGUACUUUUAGCUACUUGUUGUUUGGGAUUGCACAGAGCAAAAAGUCUCUUUUGACUUGCAGAAUACUCAGAAAUCUCAGAAAUAUUAAUCAACAAACCUUAGAAACCCUCAGCAGACAUUAUUUUACCAACUCACUGGGAUGAAAGUCAGAAAGAUUGGCAGACAAAAGUACAAAAAAGGCAUAAAAUACAAGCGUAAAUGAGAGAGAAACGAUAAGAAGAGCAGCAGUUUACAUAAUAUUGAGUCCAUAGUCAAGCUGGUGCCUUAAACAUUUUAAUACCUUAAUGUAUUUUUUUGUUUUAGUUUCAUUCUUUUGAAAGUUAUAUCUAAAAUCCAAACCAAUCUUACAAUAAAUGGAGAUCACAGUAUAAACAUUAUUCACAAUAUCUGUAUCACGUGUUGAUUUUGUGUACUUCAAUGAUUCUCUGAUAUUUUAUUUAUUUUAUUUUUUUGUUUAACUGUCAAAAAUAUGCCUAUUUGCAUUUAUUAGUUUUUGUUUAAUUAUAUUUUAAUGCUUUGUUUGACAAUAAUCGAUCACCCAGACCGUUUUUUACAUUUCUUUCGACAAUCUUAAAUCUGUAACCAGUAAUCCAAAUUUUAGACACACUGGGCCGAACAGAUUCCUAACUGUGAGCUUCAGGGCCUUUUAUUUCUUUAUUUUUGCACAUCCGUGUCCUAAAAUUGGAAGGCGAUUGCAGAUUUCGCUUUGACUCACCUGCACAGUUUACUUCACGCACACGGCAGGUGGUUGCUGACAUUCUGUUUACUCAGCACGUCUGAGAAAUGUUUGAGUAAGAUUGCACUUUUAAACCCAAAUUAUCUUUGUACUGUGUACUGCUUACUGUACUGUGUUACUUACAUGCAGAAAACUGGAGGAAAAAAGUGGAAUAAAAGCGAUGGAAAUGAAAAAUGUA